AGCAUUGCACCUGUAAUGUUGUUGUCGGUGGUAGUUUUUAAUCAACUUUACCAAAUCGUGUUAAAAUUCCAAGUGCUGGGCUCGUACAAUUGAACUGAUCCUUGUGCGCAUUCGUGUUUAUUGUUGUUACAAAAUGGGUCUACUAUCGCUGUUGCGAAAGCUGCGACCAAAUCCGGAGAAGGAAGCACGUAUAUUGCUGCUUGGUUUGGACAAUGCCGGCAAGACAACAAUUCUCAAACAACUAGCAUCGGAGGAUAUAACAACGGUGAGUAUCAUAGAACAGAUGCGUUUUUGCUUUCCUAAUAAUCGUUGCACUGAUCCACAGGUGACGCCCACAGCAGGAUUUAACAUUAAAUCCGUGGCUGCAGAUGGCUUUAAACUUAAUGUGUGGGACAUUGGAGGCCAGUGGAAGAUAAGACCCUAUUGGAAAAAUUAUUUUGCCAAUACUGAUGUUUUGAUCUACGUUAUAGACUGUACGGAUCGAACACGAUUCUCUGAAGCGGGCAGUGAGCUAUUUGAGAUGCUUAUGGAUAAUCGAUUGAAGAGAGUGCCCCUACUGGUGUUUGCCAACAAACAGGACUUGCCCAAUGCCAUGACCGCCUCUGAAGUAGCCGAAGGGUUGGGUCUGGUGCGUCUGGAGGAGCGCACCUGGGAGAUCAAGGCUUGCACUGCUGUAGACGGUACUGGCCUUAAGGAAGGCAUGGAUUGGGUGUGCAAAAAUAUGAAGAAAUAGUUUCUACGUUUAUCUAGUUACGCUUUUGUAAGAUUACAGAAAUUUUAUAAUUUAUGAAAUACACGCGCAUAUUUUGUUAAUUAUUUAAGAACAUAAA